AUUCUGGAAAACUCGGGCGGAAGUGUAUUUCGGUGUUUCCGAUGGUGGAACACAGGAUUGUUAUGUGAAUGAACCGAAUAACCCGCUGAACUGGACUAUCCGAUACCGUCCGGUACCAACAAAGACCCACAUACAUCGACUAACUGACAGCCUCGCUGUGCACACCAACAGUAAUUUCCGACUCGUUCCUACCCUUGGUUUGGAGCCCAGUGCAACAUUGUCCGUUGCCAACAGCACCAGAGGGACCCAUUUCAUAUUUGGACCUGCGGCUGCUGCUGCUGCUGCUGCUGCAGUGACUGCUCUUCGAUUGGCUCAGAUUGAGACUAGGGCACAAAUUGCUCUCCAGCAGCUUGCAACUCUUGCAACCAUAACUGUUGGCAACCAGUGUCACAACAACAACGGAUUGUCAGUGGCGUUGCUUCCUCAUCUGGCUCUCCUGAACUUUCUCAGUAAACAUCAGGGGUAUGCUGUUGGGGCAAACAUAGACAUUAACAACAAAACUUACAGAAACAAUCAACGGAGUCCGUCGGCUGCCAUGUACCACCACCACAACCAGCAACAAGGCCCACCGCCUUUCUCUAAUGGGCCCAGGCCUCCCCAUCAUCAGCCAGCUCAAAAUCAAAAUCGUUCUCCCUCUAAUAUGUUGUCGAUGGGUUUCCAGUUUCCUCGUCCCACCCAGCUCCCAGAGGAGCUAGAGUCUGCCCUGGCUAUCCGGGGUGCUAGGGACAUGGACCACCGCCUCAUUGACCACAUGAACCGACAGAGCCAAGGCUCAGGUUCUGGUAUCAGCCAACAUGGAAGCUACGGCUCUAACCAAAUAACACCUACUCCUGAUAAUCAGCCUGACCAUCAGCAAGGAGUAGACUGGUCAAACUACCAACCCCCAAGUAAACUGUUUGCUGGUCCUCCACCUAGUAGUAGCCACCAGCCCCAGCGACACCAGGGGCCUCAACAGCAGCCACUGAGCAGCCAUGCUGGAACAAGCAUGCCAAACUGGACCGCAACUGACUCUGCUUCAUCCACAGCACGACAUCCCCAUGGUGGCAGGAGUGGUGGGGAUGGUCAGGCUUUGUACACGCCAGAGAGUGCAGGAAGCAUCUUGGCUAGCUUUGGACUUUCUAAUGAGGACUUGGAAGUGCUGAGUCACUACCCAGAUGAUCAGCUUACCCCAGAUACUUUACCAUUCAUACUCCGUGACAUCCAGAUCAACAAGUCAGGCACCCAGAAGACUAUGGCUCCCACGACCUCCUCUGCAUUCUCACGCGAGAUCCAUGAUCCGCCUGCUUCCCACUCUUCAACAUUGGCGCGUUCUGGCUCACCGGAAGUGCCCAGUCUGCUAACUGUUACACAGACAGCAGGCAAAGUCAUCGACUAUGGUCAUGCAAGUCGGGCAAAGGAGGAGAAUAAUACCAGAGAAACUUUUAAAAGAGAGCCGCUCACCGGCGAAAGGACAGUUAAAAUGUUCCCACCUUUAUCAGCCUCAUCGGCUCCAAAAUUUGAAAAAACGGAAAAGCGGCAGGUUCGUUUGGAACACAGUGAAUCAAGCAAGCACGGAGACCGGGACUAUCGCAGGGCAGAUAGCGACCAUCGCAAGAGUAAUCGAGCAUCAGGCGGAGAAUUUACACCAUCAUCCAAAUCUCGUAAUCCAAACCAAGACUACAGGCGUGAAGGACCCAAACCUAGGCCCUCACCUGAAACCAAGAGCGAAGCUUCCUCGAGGCGGUCUCUCUCCUCUUCGUCUGGCUCCCGACCUCACAGCAGCAGCAAGAAGUUACCUACUCCCACCAUGAUAAGUGAUUUCUCAGCUGAGUCUCCAAAGGUGUAUCCCCAUACCUGCUCCCUGUGCCACACUCAGUGUGAUCAGGCAAAGGACUGGUUUUACCAUAUUAACACUGUCAACCACACUGCUGCCUGCAGGGACCUGCUCAACAAGUACCCUGACUGGAAACCAAAUCCAAGAGGCAGACAACAUGGUAGCUCUCCAUCCCACUCUGUGUCUCGGUCCCUCUCUGGUUCUCCUCCUCCUGGUAGACGCAGGGUUGGGCCCCAUAGGCCGCACACAAGGCCAGACUCGCCUCACCAGCCUCGACACCAACACUACCCAGAGCACAGCUAUCGACCCGGCUUUCGCAGCCCCACUCGAUCACACCAAGUCCCCCCGUUCUUCAGAGAGAACCGGCCAGAAAGGAGAGACAGGGAGGCCUCAGGGGGUUACGCUCGCAGCGGUGUGAAGCGCCCACAUGAUGACAUCAGCCGACAUCCGUCCACCUUUAGGGCUGGUCAGAACUUCAAGCAUGGGCCGCCACAGUCUUUCAACAAAACUUUCAAGAGCGGACCGAAGCCUGGAACAAAGACGACCAAGACAACCAGCGCCAAGCCUCCUGGAGCUUUUGCCAAGCUUCCACCAGCCAAAAAGAAGAAGAAAAUGGGUUUUGGCUGUCUGGUUUAUCUGACUGGCAUCCCAAAGGAUGCAUCUGAGCAGGAAGUGACCGACCUGGUGGGGUCCUUCGGCAAGAUCAACAACGUGAUCCUCAUGCCAUGCUCUGAGGAAGAGAGCCAGGUGGACGAAGGGCAGAAGGCAUCUGUUUGCAUGAUGAGGGCUGAAGAUGCCCUGGCUCUGGCCAACUCCACAAAUCUCUCCAUUAGAGACCAACAGAUCACUUCUUUAACAGCCAAGAAACCUGAAGUAGUGUGGUCUUCUGAAGCGAGCAGCGUACCUGCUCCAGGACAGGACAGUGGUGCUGCUGGGAAAGACUCUGGAGCUGAGUCUGACAAGAAGACGUCUGAUGAGAAGGCCAUGGUGUUGAUCACCGGACUUCCUGAAAGCGGUUGGUCGGAGAAGGACAUCAUUGAGCUGGUGCAGCCCUUUGGAACUCCCUCUUACAUCAUCCAGGCAGCACACAUCGGAAAGGUUCUUGUGUCAGUGCCAGACAUGGAGAUUGCUCAAGAGAUGGUCAAAGUCAACUCCUUCACUCCUGCCAAGAUGAAGGACUGCGAGCUGAAGAUGAUCCCUCUCAAACAGCGCAUCGGUGUCGGAACACCGGUGGCUCUCUACAAUCUUCUGAUGGGAUCAGUGGACCCAUUAGAGAGUUCCGCUCCAGUGUGCUGGAACUCCCUGCUAGUGAUCAGAAACGUGCCCAACACACCCACCGGCUCCUCCGAGGUCCAGAUGCUGGUGCGACGCUUUGGGACCGUCAUCAAGACCCUAGUGCUCCACAAUAUGGUCAUCUGUAAGAUGGCAACCGCAGCUAUGGCAUUGUCCGUUUUCAAACGCUUCAAGAACUUCCCGUGCAUCGUCCAGAAUAACCCUCUGUUCUUCUCCCGCAAGCCGGACCCAAGACCCAAACAGACCAAUGUCAUCCCUGCAUCCAAUGAUCCAUCUGAGAACACUCCUGUGAAUGGUAAAGGCAGCCAGGUGGAACCAGCUGAGGAAGAGUCGGAUCAUAAAGAGAGCUCUGAACCUCCACUGGAGCGGAUUGAAAGAGAUGGACAUGGGCAGGAAGAGAAGAUGAACACAGCUGCUGAAGAUGAAGUUGUGGAACAAGUGUUGAGUAAAGACGAAGAGGUCCAAAAGGACGAGCUUCCUGCUCCUGCUCCUGCUCCUGCUCCUGCUCCUGCUCCUGCUUCUGAGUCUUCGGGUGCACCGGAAGCCAAAUCGGAAGCAGACCCAGAAGCAGACCCGGAAGUGACAGACACUACAGAAGUGAGGGAAGAUCCAGCUGAACCUGUCCUGGAGUCCACGGAAGAGAACAUGGACGUCACUGCAUCCACAGCAGGAGAGGAUAAGACUCCUGGUGAUGAAGGAGCAAAGCCAUCCAUCCCUGAGGAGAGAGCAGGAGAAAUGGCCAUGCCCGAGCUCCCCAAGGUGACACAGGCGAUGGUUAAUGCUCUGCUUGUGGAGUGCAGAAGCAGACACGCCGGCCAUCCCAACAACACAGCAGCCCCCACUAACGGAGCUCAAGUGGAAACCCAAACGGACACAGAGCAGGGGGGGGAGGAAACCGCUGAGGAGACAAAAGAGCCCGCCAUUAACCCCACAGAGGAGGGGGAGGAGGAGGAGAAGAAGCAGGAGAGGGAGAGAAAAGAGAGGGAGACCAGGAAGGAGAAGGAGGUGAGGGAGAGAGAGAGGAAGGACAGGGAGAGGAGGGCCUUGGAGAAGGAGGAAAGGGCCAGGCGGGAGAAGGAAGAGAGGGCCAAGCGGGAGAGGGAUGACAGAGCCAGGUGGGAGAGGAGAGACAGAGACAGGAGGGACAGGAAGAGAGCGCACGGGGAGGCGUCAAGGACGUAUGGAAGGUCAGGGGGGUACAAGCAGAGCUACUGGAGGGAGGAACAGAAGAACAGAAUGGAGGAGGAGGGGGAGGAGGAGUGUGACGACUUCCCGUUCAACAUGAGCGACUUUGUGACACUGGAUGAAGUUGGAGAUGUAGCAGACCUUCCUUCCUCUCCUCCUCCCUCUGUUCCCACGGAAACCACAGAGGGAGGGGAGGCUGCUUCCACGUCUGUCCAGCAGGACAGCCCUGAGGACACGCCCAUGGAAGUCACUACAGAAACAAUGGUGUUGGAGACCCCGGGGCCCCUGGUGAAUCCUGAAGACCCCGCAUCAGAGUGUGAAGCUGUGACCAUGGUGACAGCCGAGGCUUCAGAAUCGACAGAUUCACAAACACACAUGCCCACAGGUCCGCAGGCUGACAUCACAGCUGAGACAGAAGCCACUCUGGGCUCCUACACUGAGGGUGAGGCACUUGCUGCACCAGAGUCUUCCACACAUGAACCAGCAACAGGAGCGCUGACUUCAGAAAGUGAGAGAGAGGACAAGGAGUCAGCAAAAACAGAGGAGGAGGAGGUAAAGGCUGUAGAGGGCCAAACAGAGGAAGAGAUCAUGGAUAAACCUGAAAAGACAGAGGACCAUGACAAGCUGAAGGAGGAAGAGGACCACACAGAGAAUCAGGAGAAAAUGAAUGAGGAAGAAGAAAAAACGGAGGAGCAGGAGAAGAUAAAGGAGGAAGAGACGGGGGCUCCUGCUGUUGAGAAAGGAAAGCACAAGAUGUCUGCAGUUGAAAACACCGAAGAGGAGAGUGUGAAGAAGACAAUAGAGAUGGAUACUGCCAUGAGCACAGGCUACUCCCUCCCUCCCUUUGACCCCACGAGCCCCGUUGGUAUGGAGUUCUUGAGCCCAAAGACAGGUUUCUUCUGUAAGGUGUGUAACAGGUUCUUCAACGGAACCAAAGAGGCUGAGAUAAACCACUGCAAGACCCUCAAACACUACGAGAGCCUGCAGAAAUACCUGCAGACCACGAACACAGCCAACAGGAAAUCCUGAACGUGGCUUUGAAAACCUCGACUGAAUCUGCAUCAUUCCCUUCCUCUUGUAUUGUCUUUUCAUUUCAAGGGUCCACAUUCUCAUGUUGAUGUAGGUUAGUCUCAGUUUGAAUAUGUAUUAUAGAUUUUUCAUUUAAGAGAGACAGAGAGGAUGGCUGGCAGUAAGAACUGUGCACAAUAAAUAAACUGUUUGACUAAA